AAAGCACCGUGUCACUGUUGCCAUAUGGAGCAUGUGGUGAUGUCGAACGCUGCUGCUCCACCUAUUUCGUAAGACGGGCUGGCUUUCUUGGUGAUGACAUCUCUGAUCACCCCAUCGUGCCCUGCCGUCAGUGUCCUGUCACCCUUAAUAUAAAAUAACUUACCUAGUCAGAAAUUUAUCUCGCAUCAGUUGUAUGUAUAGUGACAAUCCACCAGGAAUACACCAAUCCACCGUCUACUUAUCAGCUGCUACAACCAUAACUAUUUUGAUAAUGUGUUUUGGUAGUGAUCGAUGAGUGUGUCAGACAAGUGACUUCUUUACAUGUUAAUUGUUGGCAUAGUGACUCUGCCCACCAUCUCUUCAUUUCCGUGUACUCGACAGGUGAGGUAAGGUUGUCAGCAUGGCGUCGGCGCCUAAGAAGAGAGACUUUUUUAAUGGAUCACAAAGACUAAACUUAACGGAGACACAGGAAGAGAGUAUGGUUCCUGAGCAAAAUGUCACCAGUGGAGGAAGAAAUGGCUUCUCUUCCUCCCAGGAUUUCCUUGGGCACUCUUCAGGCGACUGUCCUUUCCCAUCUUUCUCCAAUAGACAAAGUUCUCCUGUGUACAAUUGUCAAGACAGCUGCCCAUCCCUCUCUUCACGAUAUAGUAUCCGAACGAAAAGGGACGAAUACGAAAACUCCAAAGGCACUUCAUACGAGUCUAAUUCAGUUCCAGAAUACUUAUCUUCGGCGGGCUCCGCUGAAGUUGCUUCCUUAGCCAAGCACGAUGGAAACUACGAAAGGAAGAAGAAAGUGGAAAAGAGAAAACAGAGGUGUCGAUUGUGCGCCAAUCACGGCAAGUACGAAGAGAUUAAAGGUCACAAGUGGUACUGCGAAUACAGGAAACCACAACACAAGUGUUCCCUGUGUGAAAUCACCCACAAGAAACGACUCUUCCUACCGAAAAAUGAGAUCAGACGCAAACAGCAUGACCAAGAGCAGCAGCUACAACAACAAUUAAACGUGCAGAACCGAUCGACAGAUGAACCAUGGCUGGAUGGUUAUGGUCGGGUCGGCUUACCACCCUCGCCAACUACCGAACACAUAGACUUCCCCCGGCUACAGGAACUAGUAGAAGAGACAGCAUCUAUCUUGGACGACGAGGAUUUGUUCCGCCAAAUCAAUGAGCGCAUCCCGUUGAAUGUCCUUCAACAUUGAUUACCUACUGUCCUCCCUAAUCUACCUACCUGGUCCAGCGGAAGAAUCGAUGCUUGUAAAGGGAUGCAGAUAUUUCCACGUGCCAAAUUCCGCACACAGUCUUCAUCUGCUUGCAGGAAACUGGUAACGCGAUAAAUUGCCUUGCGUUCAAACUAUGUAACGCUACAUAUGAUUGAAUAUGUUUUGACAAGGUUUGUAGAGUAAUCCUUGCAAUGUUUAGAUAAAGAAACAACAUAAUCAGAUAUAUAAAUGUUGACUGAAAAUGCUCAGUUAGUAAGAAUACAAUGAUAACGUCUACCUACGAAUAACCCUCGCUAAUCGGAUUUUUCCUCAUAGAGACAACCACUCUUAUAAUAAGUAAACAAUAGGUCUUUAAAGAGAUAAAACUAAAAAAAAAAAAAAAAUAUCAACCGGGAUGCUACCUUCAGGAAUUUAUGCUGAUUAGAUGAUCGUUCAUUCUAUGAGCUAAAGCCAAAUUGAAUUUCUUGAUGUCAGAUAUCCAAUUUGAAAAUAGAACAGCACCCCUUACCCAGCGAGCAACUGUGUGGGUUAAUGUUUGUGUCGGGGUGUGCAGGAUUACAAUUAUCUAUUGCAAUGGAGCGAGGCGCCAGUUAAGCGACCACCUGCAUUACAUAGAUUUGAUAUAAAUCUUAUUCACAACAAUUACUUAAACAAUAGUGGCAGCCACGUGCGCAUCCAUACUAACAAAGAUGAUUAUUAUAUGCCACACCGAGGGUCUUCUCUGAGACUGAAGUAUUAUUUUUACCAGUGAUUAAUUCUCAUAACUACUAAAUCUUAAAGUGUCCAAGACGCAUGUAAGAUGCCGUACAUUUAGCAGCUAACACCACUUACCGCUGGACUAGGGAAGGCAUACAGGCUGUGAAAAGUGGCACUAGGAUUAUACUCCAUUCGCCGAUAUCCAAUAUAACAACAAUAAUAAUAAUAAUAAUAAUAAUAAUAAUAAUAAUAAUAAUAAUGAUAAUAAUAAUAAUAAUAAUAAUAAUAAUGAUAAUAAUAAUAAUAAUAAUAAUAACAAUAAUAACAAUGAUGAUGAUACUACUACUAUGUUAGCAUGUCCUUUGUUUUUCCCAUACUCCUUUUCUGUCUGACGUCACGUCUUUCCCCUCAGUCCUCGCUCGCUGCCGCCCGAGGUUGACACGUACACCUCCUGCCUCUUGUUUGCUCGGUUUACACUUGUUGUGUAGUGUGCUACCGUAAAUACACUUUCAUAAUGGA